GCGGUGUGAGCACCUCGGGCUGACCGUGCGUGCCCAGCAUGGCAACGAUUCCCUCUAAAACGAGAGCAGGGGACUGCCGCUGCCUUCCUCUGCUCUGGUGGCUGUCCUGCUUCCCUGGUACUGGUCCUGAGCAAGGAAAGGAACUUCCUCUUUAAAGCGGCACGUUACUAUGUAAGGAGGAUUUCUGAUGGGGCGGAGCUAUUUCUUGAGCAGAUAAAGGCUGCGGGAUUAACAGCCCUCUCAGACUGCGAUCAGCAUGAACUGCAGCCUGCCAGACGGAGCGCUGCUCCACUACACGAUGGAGGGACGGCGGCACAGGCUGUGCCUACAGUCUCUUUGGGACUUUGUCGCAGCAAAGGAGCCAUUGAUCAAGUCACCAUUUUUUCCAGUGCUGUUUUCUUUUACAGCAUACAUGGCUUUCUGUCUUCCGUAUAUUGCACUGGACUUCUUAAGCAUUAGACUACCAAACUUGAGAAAAUACAAAAUCCAGCCGCAGAACUAUCCAACGCUUGGAAUGAUGGUGCCUUGCAUUAUUCAAAGUGUGUAUCACCAUGUUAUGUUGAUCUUCCCAGUGACAUUUCUCCACUGGUAUUGGAGACCAAUGAAUCUACCAGUGAUAGCUCCAGCGCUGCCUGAGGUCCUGCUGCAAGUAACAGUUUGCCUGCUGCUAUUUGAUUUUGAAUAUUUCCUGUGGCAUUUGCUUCAUCACAGGGUGCCUUGGCUCUACAAGACCUUCCACAAGGUGCAUCACAAGCACGUGUCGACGUUUGCCCUUACUACACAGUAUUCCAGUGUAUGGGAGUUACUCUCACUGGGAUUUUUUGCUGCUAUUAACCCACUGCUCCUUGGAUGCCAUCCUUUGACAGAAAUGAUUUUCUUCCUUGUAAACAUUUUUCUGUCAGUAGAGGACCAUUCAGGAUAUGACCUUCCAUGGUCAACUCACCGACUUGUACCUUUUGGUUUGUAUGGAGGAGCACCACAUCAUGAUCUCCACCAUCUGAAAUUCAAAUCAAACUAUGCUCCUUAUUUCACACACUGGGACAAACUCUUCGGGACAUUCACCAAGUCACAUUCUAAUUAAGAAUGGACAAACUCAUAUUUUUUAUAGACUGAACUGGGACAUUAUUUUUUUAAAGACCUACAGAAGAUUGUAUAUUUGAAUCUACCUGUUAAAGCAAUAGCUAUUUAUAACAAAGCCUCUUAAUAUAUGUGUAUUUGUAUGUGUACUUGGAACUGCCUGUGUUAAAUGACUGCAAAUGGGGAGGUGAAUAUGUGUUGCUUAAAUUUGAGUCAAAGGUUUAAGGGAAGCAUUAAGAGACAUUCUCUCUUUUUUCCUUCUUUCCGGCUUUCAUAAAGCAUGUAUCAUAUUACUGUAUGAUGUUUUAUACAUACGCCAGAACAAUUAUCUUACUGUUGUAGGAUGAUUUAUGAUGUAAACAGAAAAGGUACACAUCAUGGAUUUUUGUAGAGUUUAAUCUGCCAGAGCAUAUUAUUGCGCAAUGAUAUUGUAAAAUAUUGCUGCCAAACCAGGGUAGUUGGCUAACUGUGCAAUAAUUUUCAUAUUUAUAUUUUCAACCUUUAUGUACUGUCUGUUUUUAAUAGAAAAUAAAUAUGGUCA